AUGAAGGUCGCCAUUAAGGAAUGGAACGCCAUCGCUACUUGGCACUGGGACAUCCCUGAAGAUGAAGUCUGUGGCAUAUGUCGUGUUCAGUUUGAUGGUACCUGUCCGACCUGCAAAUUCCCCGGCGAUGACUGCGCCCUCGUCCAAGGAAGAUGCAACCACGCCUUCCAUAUGCACUGUCUAAUGACCUGGAUUGACCUGGAGACUUCCAAAGGCCUGUGCCCAAUGUGUCGGCAAAAAUUCGAAUGGAAGGCAAAAGAAUGA